AUGGCCCCGUGGCGGUUCUGGUUCUACCUGUAUCCGCCGCAGUUCGAACGCGACGGUAUCCUCAGCCUGUGGUACAGUGAGCUCUACCAGACACUUCAACGCCACGAAUGGCGCACCGAGGACCCGCAGAAGGCCUCCGUCUUCUUCCUGGGAAUCGAUGUGAGCUGCGCCUACCUGUGGCCUGUGUAUUCCGCGCCGGUGCCGGGUUCUGCAAAUUACGUACAAGAGGGCCGCUGGGGCGCUCUUGGCAAUGCCAAAGAGUGCCAGCGGACAAGGCAAGCACGCCUGGAGGCUUACGUGAGGAACGGGUGGGCACCCUACUGGGGCAUCGAGGGCAAGCAGCACGUUGUCUUUGAUCAGCUUUGCUAUCACCCCUUGUCGGAGCUGGUGCAUGCCGAGCACUUCGUGUCUCUCGCGGGGGUGGGCCACUUAAAAGGCCGAGCCUACGGCUACAGACGUGGAAUUGACAUCUCCUGGCCCGAGAUGCCUGUCACAGUGGAAGACCCUCCGCUGUCUGCAUGCGACUGCCAGCCGCGGAAACGCCUGGCGUCCUUUCAAGGAGCUGGCACGCGCAGCGUCCGGCAGAAGCUAACGGCUCUCCAUGAUGGCGAUCAGAUCGUCGUGCACGUGGUUGACGUGACGAACAGUGGGCUCAACACCACGGACUCCCGGUGGGAGGUGGGACACCCCAUCAAAGCGCCGUAUGCCGCACUGAUGCGGGAGAGCGACUUCGCGCUGGCGCCGGCGGGGCACAGCCAAUGCUCGCUCAGGCUCUAUGAGAUCAUGUCUUUCUGCACAAUCCCGGUGAUACUGGCAGACGAGAAGCUGCUGCCCUUCUCUGAGAUCUUGAACUGGUCCGAGAUGGCUGUGAUGGUGCCGGAGAACGCUGCCGGCACCGUGCCGGAGCGCUUGAGGGCGCUGGACGCUGACUCGCGCUGCCACAUGCGGCGGAAGGCCCACGAGGCCUUUCACAAGUUCUUCGCCAAUGUCUCCGCCAACGUGCGCGGCCUGCUUGAAGUACUUGGGCAGCAUUUGCAGCGAGGCCUGGGCCCGAAGGAGGACUCCCUGCGGGUGGCCGCAGACUUCCGACAGCAGUCGAUGAACCUGGCGUGGUCGCAGCUUGCUAUGGAGGACUUCCGAAGGCAGCGCCUGGCGUUCACUUGGCUCCCGGCAUGGCCUCGCGGUGAUUCCGAUAAGGACUGCCGCAUCUCCUGGUCAGAAUUGCUACAGCACGCGCAGGAUGCACAUCGCGGCUUGGUCUUGGGUACUUUAGCCUUCGCAGAGCUGGGCCGAUCCAGUAAGGCAGGCGGACUUCCGCAGCCGGAGGCCAUCAGGAAGAAUGCCCUUCGCAUGGACGGGAGGAUUUUCGGAGGUGUCUCAUAA